AUGGUCCAGCCUUCCCUGGAUGGCGUUGCGCAGGAUGUGCGCAGCGCGAAGCCGAGUCCUGAGAGGAUAUGGUCGCUCAAGGACCCCCCGUUCGAGGGGAUCCGCGACGUCGACAGCGAGGGCUACCGGCGCAGUGACUCCAACACCGCCAUCGUUAUCGACAAUGGCUCGUCCUCCGUACGCGCCGGCUGGGCUUUUGAUGAAAGCCCGCGCCUCUCAGUCGCGCCGAUGAUGGCGCGCUACAGAGACCGCAAGCUCAACACCACCUUCCAAUUCAUCGGUAACGAGGUCUACGCCGACGGCACCGCGCGCGGCCAGGCCAAAAACGUUUACGAGCCCGGAACGAACAUCAUCAACAACUGGGAUGCGAUGGAGGGUGUCCUAGACUAUGUCUUCACAAAGAUGGGUGUGAACGGCUCCGGCGGUGGCAUCAAUCGCCCUGUCGCCAUGACCGAGCCUGUCGCGAACCUGGGGUAUUCGCGAAGGACUAUGUCUGAAAUCCUUUUCGAGCUUUACGGCGCACCCUCCGCGGCUUUUGGCAUCGACUCCCUUUUCUCAUACAACUACAACAAUGGCAAGAACGGCCUCGUGGUAUCCUCGUCCUAUACCUCAACCCACCUGAUCCCGGUCGUCGAAUCAAAAGCUAUGCUCUCCCAUGCUACACGCAUCAACUGGGGCCGCUUUCAGAGCGCCGAGUUCCUCCAGAAACUGCUCCGCCUCAAAUACCCGACUUUCCCCGGCAAGCUUCCUGAUGUCCAAGCCGAAGACCUCGUCCGCGAGCACUGUUACGUAUCACAAGAUUACGAUGGUGAGCUAAGUAAAUAUCUUGACUGGACUGGGCUGGAAGAACGGAACCAUGUCAUCCAGUUCCCCUUCACAGAGCAGGUGGUGGUGCAGAAGACGGAGGAGGAGCUGGCGCGAGCUGCGGAGAAACGUAAAGAGAGCGGCAGAAGACUGCAGGAACAAGCAGCCAAGAUGCGACUGGAGAAGCUGAUUGCCAAGGAGCAGGAGCUGGCGUACUACAAAGAGCUCCAGACUAGGCUCUCGGAAACGACCAAGAAGGAGGGGAAACGCAUCCUGGAAGGUGAGGAUUUCGAUGACGAGGCGCAGCUGGAGAAGAGGAUAAGGGAGCUGGACAAGUCCAUCCGGAAGGCUAGAAACAAGGAUGUCGGCGACAUGGAAGAGGAAGAGAACGAGCCGCCGACGUUCCCGCUCGUGGAUGUGCCGGAUGACCAGCUUGAUGAGGAGGGUCUGAAGCAGAAGCGCCAGCAGCGGUUGAUGAAGUCUAACUAUGAGGCUCGCCAGCGUGCAAAGGCCGAAAAGGAGCGUGAAAAGGCCAGGAUUGCGGAAGAAGAGCGCUUGGAUAAUGAGAGAAGAGAGAACGACCCUGAAACCUGGAUCGAGGAAAGAAGAGUGGCGCGCCAGGCCAUUAUUCAGAAGAUCAAGGACCGAGAACGCCUGAAAGCCGACCUGGGCAACCGCAAGUCUCUCGCCGCACAAAUGCGCAUGAAGAGCAUCGCCAAUCUCGCUUCUGAUACCCCCAACAAGAAACGUCGUCGCGGCGCUGACGAAGACACAUUCGGAGCCGACGAUGCCGACUGGGGUGUGUACCGCACCAUCGCCACGGGCGAAGGGUCGGACGACGAGGAAGAAGAGGACCUCAACACGUCGCUCAAAUCCAUCGAAUCUCAGCUUCUCAAGCACGACCCCAAGUUCACCGAGGACAGCACCCGCGAUGCGCAGAUGGACUGGACCAAGUCCCUCCUUCAUUCCUUCACUCACGGGCCAUACUCGUUCGACCCGGAGUCACAGCGCCAAGCGCACCAGAUCCACCUCAAUGUCGAGCGCAUCCGCGUCCCAGAGGUCGUCUUCCAGCCUUCUAUCGCCGGCCUUGACCAGGCUGGCAUCGUAGAGAUAGCGUCCAGUAUCCUAACCGAGCGCCUCGCGGACCAUCCCCGCCAAAAGGAUGUAUUGAAGGAUGUUUUCCUCACGGGUGGUAACACGUUGUUCAAGGGCUUCGAGGAAAGACUGCGGGAUGAUCUUAGGGCGUAUCUGCCGAUUGAUGCGGAGUUGGUGGUGAGAAAGGCAAAGGAUCCGGUGCUGGACGCUUGGAGGGGCGCUGCGAGGUGGGCGAAGAGUGGGGAGAGUAAGAAGAGUUGGGUCAGCAAGGCGGAGUGGGCGGAGAAGGGCGGCGAUUAUAUCAAGGAGCAUGAUUUGGGCAAUUCUUACACAUGGUGA